AUGGCCUACGUGUCCGUUCAUCAUUACUUACCCAAGGACCGCCAGAAGAAACGGAAGAAAAUACUGCCACAAACUUACGAAGAUCCAUGCUCAUCGGUACUCUGCAUGCGCUCAUUUCGAAAUGAACCGAUUGCCAGUUUAGCAUGGUUGUUCGAGAAAACCGGCAAAGGAACAAUUGAACAAGUAAAAGCAGAACCUACGAAGAGCAAGUUAGCAAUCAAAAGCCGUUCACGUAGCCAGAAAACGAUGCCUCCUCCAGUUUCGCGAAAUUAUGAGAACACUGUUGACCAACCAAGAUACUUCGAACCGGAGAUAUUCAAGGAUGCUGCGAUGCCGGUCUGCUACGUUUAUGUCAACUUAGAGUUGAAAUUGGUUCUAGCCGAAAGCGAACUCAAGCUCGGUUUUUCAAUCAUCAGCAUUGCGGAAAAUAUUGAAGUGAAUGGAGUUACUGCAGGUGAGCUUCAAUAA